AUGGCAGAGAGGCCAAAUGGCGAUUGCUACACAACUGACGAUCUUCCUUAUCUUCCAAUUCCUUUAUCGCCACCAACCCUCUCAGAAAUCGCAGGAGUUCUGCAUUAUGGAAUGCAACCCCUGUUCCACGAAGUGAACGUCGACGUAGUUAGCUGCCCUUGUCUAACUGGACCACCAUAUAAUCUUGCCGGCGUAGGAUUAUGUGGCAACGCGUCGGUAGUGAAAUAUGAUUCGGAAAACUCAGAGGGGUGGAAUCAUAGAACAAAGAAUAUUCGAGAUAUACUCACAACCAGCUGCCGUGAUUCCUUUAUUAUCGGAUCUACUUACGCUACAAAACCAUACAUGCCUUAUUACGGACAUCUCAUUGUGAAUGCAACGUACAGAGCACCUAAUGAUAUUAGAAAUGAGAGUCGCAUUAUUUUCGCAAACAAAGGUGACGGACAGACAAAGAUAGAAAAGUUAACUAAUUCUGAUCAUAUGAUAUUCACCGACAAGGGCACUUUCUUUGUCUGCGAGGCUUUAGGUGGUGUUCUAAGAAUGAAAAACGGACGUGUGGCAUGUAAUGUUAUGUGGGACGAAUAUGAGGAACCAAUGCCACUAUUUGAUGAUUUUGUUAAACAACUGCAAUGUCCCGAGAUAGAUCUAGAGUCAGAUAUGGUAGCCGUUGGCACAAUACUUAAUGAAAAGCCACAACUGUUGACAGAUCAGGAACAGCGUUACGGUCUUAAUCUGUACAAUAGAAGUGAGUUCCAUUGUUUCUCUAAUUAUGAAGCAGGCGGACAAUUUAUUAGCGAUACUACUCCCGAUACGACGGAAUAUGAAGGUUACUUUAAUGUAGCGGAACAGAUGAAUUUAAUAGAAGAUGUCACAUCGGUAUGA